GAGCAUUCUUUUCCAUCUGAGCUCAGUCAAAUCUGGCAAUGGCGGGUAAGGAGCUCAACGAACGGGUUGUGAGCGUGCAGGAGGGAGACGGGGAGGUAAUCGACCGGGAGUUGUUCGAUUAUUUCAAGGAAAACAUGGAAGAGGGUGAAACCAAGCAGCCAAAACAGAAGCCGGAGGUUCUGGUCACCGUCGUCAACAAGAUCAACCUCAACAAUGGCCAGAGGAACGAAGAUGAGGAGAAGCAUGGAAUUUAUUGUUACUCUAAUGACGAAGAUGAUGAAAUCGAAGAGGGAGGGACAGAGGAGCAAAAUGAGAAGAAAAAUAUGAUGAAUUUGAAGUAUGAGACCGAGGAUAAAAUGUAUGCAGAACAACAUAAGAAGAAGGGAGAUGUGAAGGAAAUGGCGAUUGAGGAGGAAGACACAAAUGUGGAGAUCGAGAGGGUGGCAAUGGAGGAGGCGAUGUGGGAGGAGAAGAUGGAAGGAUCGCUGCUGGAAAGAAAGGAGAAGAAAGGAUUUUUGAAGAAGAUCAUAGAGAAGUGGACCUAAAUACACAUUUAUGAAUGUUUCAUUCAAUGAUCGAUUUAUGUUUUCUUGUUCUUGUUCGGAUUGAAAUUAUGAUUUUUAUCAGUGUUAGUCUUAUUAUUAUGUAUUGAUCGAUGUUAUAGUAGUAUUGGUAUAUAGAAUAGUAAAUAUCAAUAUAAUAAAUCCAA